AUAUUUUUGUGCCACAAUGUUUGUAUUUUACGGGUCCGGUGGAUAAGGUCAGCGCCUUCUUCAUAGAUAUUUAUGGCAUAAAGUUAACAAAAUUUAUUGAGAAAUUGCGGAUAUUGAGCGAGGACACUAACAGUAAAUUCGAUGAAGACAAGCAUGGUCAUCGCAAUAAAAUUGAAUCUGAAUCGCAGAACUCCUCUUCCGCAUUUGACGAUAGCGGUUUGGAAUACACAUCAAGCGACACUGAUGAAUCAUACUCCGAUGAAUCAAUUUCUAAUGAAAUUGAGGAUAAUUAUGAUUUGGAUUACAAUUUAAGUAAGAAGGAUCCUCAUGAUGCUAUCCCGGAAACCACGAAGUUGAAAUUGAGCACAGGAUAA